GGUAUCCUCAUACUUCCCCGUAAGUGGCGCAUAUUCUCCGCCCUCUGUCGAGUCCCAGAUUACUCAGUACAGUGGCACGAGAGUCCUGAUUCGCGGAAUUCUCCGCCAUCGACAAAAAAGUAUACCCCGGUCCGCCAUGACAAGCCCUUUGCCUUCAGUAUCAUUUCUACCUCUCGGGGCUAUAAUCAAAUCCAUAGAAGUUAACGGCAAAAACAUAGUGCAGGGGUUCCCAACCUCUGCAGACUACGUCGCUCACAAUUCACCGUACUUUGGAGAGACGAUUGGGCGUAUUGCGAAUCGCAUUUCGAGUGCCCGAGUCAACCACCUCAAUAGUCAAAGCUACCAAUUGAGCGCGAACAAUGGAUCCAAUAGUCUACAUGGUGGUGUGAAAGGAUGGGGCAAGAGAGAUUGGAAAGCAGAGAAUACCAAGCGCGCGAGCAUCGAUGGCACCGAAAGAGACGCUGUGUUGUUCACAUUGACAAGUAAGCAUGAAGAAGAAGGCUUUCCUGGGACCGUUGAAGCCAAGGUCUGGUAUAUGCCGCACAUCACCAAAGAGGACGGAGUGGAUAAGACUAUACUUGAGAUGGAGUACGAAGCGCAGCUGAUUGGUGACGAGGUCGGCGAAACUGCUGUGGGAAUGACCAAUCACAGCUACUUCAAUCUCGCCCAAGCGCCUGAUAUUAGUGGGACUGAGGUCACUUUGUCUACGAUUCACUAUCAAAAGGUCGACGACGGUGGAAUACCGACUGGCCCGAUCAUCGAAUAUCCGGGCUUGGCCAAGGACAAGACCUUCACGCUUGGUUCUGAGAAGCCAGACAUUGAUGACUGCUUCAUAUCGAAUUUGGACCCUUCCAGUAUCCCUCUAGACACGCGCCCACAGCCUCUAGACUUGAAGGCAUCUUUCUACCAUCCAAGCUCGAGAAUUCAUCUCGAGGUUCUCAGUACAGAGCCCGCUUUCCAGUUUUAUACUGGUAAGUAUAUCGAUGUCCCUGCUGUACCGGGCCAGCCAGCCCGCGGCAAACGAUCUGGAUUCUGUGUGGAGCCUAGUCGCUAUGUCAAUGCUGUCAAUGUCGAUGAGCACAAAAGCAUGGUGAUCUUGCGACAGGGUGAAAGGUACGGCACGAGAAUUGUGUACCGCACUUGGGAAUCAUAAGGCUACUCUGCAAGAUAUCUCCUAAGGCUGGCUGGAGUGAAACAGCAUACCACUAGUUCCUAAUGACUCACGUGAUGGCGUGUUCUGUUCAGUUUGCGCCAUAAAACUUUCUGCUAGAUCUAUGAGCGAUGUCGAUACGCUAGUACCCGCUGGGAACUGGCUUUGACCUAUUCUGGCCCUCGAGUCAUUUUUACUUAUCUGAAAGCGGCUUUUAGUAUUUUCAUAAGUUCCUUGGCGAACAGCCUACCCUUGGCAUCCUUAGCACCUUUAUCGUGGUAGUAUCCACUCUAGGUAGCAUAGUAGUCGCUUUCUAAGGACAUGAGGUACUUGGAACAAGGGUUAACAAUUAUUUCAUGUUAAUACUUGUACACCUAAACAGGUAAAAGACGUGCGGCCCAAGGCCAAAAUUUAAGUAGUAAGUCAAGAACUGCGGCC